GUUUUUAUCCGCACUAGUUAAUCCAACAUGGAAGGCACGUAUUACCCGUUUGUAUUGUGAUGUUGGUCUGGGCCUAUUUCCAUAAAUAUCAUGAAAUCAUUUGUGCUUGUUCUACAAUGCGCAGUUAUUUUGGGAAGUGUUGAUUGUGUUUGCGAUGAAAAUAAGUGUAAACUCACCGACGAAUUGUUGGACUGUAGGGAUAGAUCAAUAUAUAAGAACUGCCUGGUAAUCGAGCAGUAUUUAUGCAAAGUUCCAGAGGAAGAUGACAAGAGAAUGCGCUUUGAGCGGAGGAUCACACAAGAAAAGGAAUUUAUUGAGUACCUCGGCUGUGUAGCUGGCGGGAAAUUGUCGAAUACCAAUGUGUCUGUUAUUUGGUUGCUGGUGCCAUUUCUUCUAUUCGUGGUUGGCUUUACGCUGUCUUUCUGGUUCCAACGUGGCGGUCACUGGCUGGAAACCAAAAUGGAAACUGAUAGUUAAACACUAUAUACACAGUACUGAACUCCAUACUAGUUCGUAUUAACUCCAAUCAGGUGCUAAAUCCUGCUGGAGGUUCGAGCGAGGGUGGCGUGGGUUGGGGACGUUUUGGAGGUGGGUGCGCUUUCAGGUUUUACGGUUCCUUGCCAUAAUAGUAUAUAAUGA